CUGGGUUCGGUUUAGCAAAGGAAUUAUGGGGUUAUUUUAGGACCCUGUCUUUAUUUUCUUGUCUAUUUCCUUGGUUACCAUGGCGACCUCCCCUUUCCUAAAUCUCCCUUUCCUCUCUAGGUGAUGGCGUCUGUGUUUUUCUCUGCUCCUCUGACGUGGAGACGGAGCACAUGCAGUGUGUUGUCUCUGUCUCUCUCUGCCGAUGAUUGUGGAGUGCUGGAGGACAGACAACAACCAACUGAUAGAGCCAGCUUCCAAAGGGAAUGUGUGAUAGGGUUGUCAGUGAGCCAUACAGUAGAGCUGUCCUGUUCGUUUGGGCCUCCUGUGUGUUUGCUAAGAGGUGAAGUGACCUAACUUCUACCGGUCUUGCACUCUAUCCUAAUGCUCUAAACUAUAAGUCUUGGCCACUAAGCAUCAUAUAUAAGAUCUUUCCUCAGAACGCACUCUGAACUGUGUGUAGCAAAACCACAGUUACAAAAGAGGAAGUGCUCACUACUUACUUAUUUCCUUCCGCAUCCUCUCAUUUUUCUUUUUACCCUUUUAUUCCUUCAUUCAUCCUUUUUGUUUCUCAUAGAAAUGUUUAAUUGGUCCUGAAUUGGAUGAAGUUAGUUUGUGCUGUCAUUCCGUGGCAUGUUUCUAGAGAACUGCUUGUCAGAUUGGGUGUACUUAUUUUUGUAGCACGGCUAUUUGGAUUGAUUCAGUGUUGACGUCAGUCAGGAAGCUGUACACAGGAGUUCCCCUAUUCAGUCUGCUUGCUGCUACUGCUCUGAAGGGGAUAUGGAGGAUUUUCCUGAAAUGUACCAGGGGAAAGACCCUGAGGACAUUGAAUCUUUCCAGGGUGAGAGGAGGAAGAUCAUUCAGCCGACAUCUUUGAAAGAUCCCAAACUUGAAAAGCUGAAAUCGGUUUUGGUUAACUGGAUCAACAGUACUUUGAAAGAGGAACACAUCGUAGUGCAGAGUCUGGAAGAGGAUAUCUUUGAUGGCCUAAUCCUCCAUCACCUCCUUGGGAAGUUAGCUGGAGUGCUUCUGUCUGUGGAUGAGAUAGCGGUGACCAGCGCUGCUCAGACACGCAAGCUGGAGGUCAUCCUGGAGGCCCUGAAUGAGAAACUGGGGCUACAGGACAACUCUCUCAGCAGGUGGAGUGUCAAACUCAUCCACAGCAAAGACUUGCUGGCCACACUCCAUCUUCUGGUUGCCAUGGUGAGGUGCUUCCAGCCUAAUCUGGAGCUUCCCCUAAAUGUCAGAGUGGAAGUUGUCUUGUUGGAGGUCAACAGAAGUGGAAUCAAAUCAGAAAAGGAAAUAGAGAUUCUUACAGAUGAAAGGUUGAUAAAUUAUUUCCGAUUAUGUUGUUGUGUCCGAUUACAGUUGCAUGUUCUUCAGAGAAUGGAUUCUGUUUCAGGAGAUCGAAUAUUCACUUUAUUUUCUGUCUACCUCAACAGCGAUUCAGCUACCGACGCCCUGAGCAGCUCAGACAGCGAGGAUCCCAUUGAGCAGCUGCUGAAGCUGGAACCCCACAAGAUCAACACAGUAAAGCGGGCCAUCAUGCACUUUGUCAACAAGAAGAUGUCAACCUUGGGACUACAGGUGACAGACAUGGAGAAACAGUUUUCAGAUGGUGUUAUUCUCCUUCUGCUGAUUGGACAGUUGGAGGGCUUCUUUGUUCCACUCUAUGACUUCAACAUCACCCCAGUCAACGCUACUGAGAUGCUGCAGAAUGUGACCGUGGCCCUGGACCUCCUGAAUGACAUAGGGCUACCCACGACCAACAUUGAGCCCCAAGAUAUAGUCUCUCAGGAUGUGACAGCUACCUUGAAGGUCCUAUAUGCCCUGUUCAAGAAGCACAAAAGCAGAUGAGAGUGGGAAGAACACGGACGAGGACAUUAGGAGGUGAAGACGCCAGAAGUCCUUUGCCUGAGGUGUUUUUCCCCUGGCAAGUCCAGAAUAAUAGGCUGGUUCCCUCUGAAGUUACAGAAAAAUCAUAUAUCGAUUCUAUGUAAAGCUUUGUGUAUUUUGUGUCAAUCAAACUAUGGCACUAGUCAUAGUUUGAAUAGCAUGGGAAACCAAUCCCCGACCACAUUCCCCUUUGAAGAUCCAAGUAAUCUCAAAGUAGUCUGAAAUUGUGAGUGAGUAUCCUAUUGUGCUCUAUGACUCUGACGCUGCUGCUCGCUGCAACAAGAUACCAUAGGAAAACAGCAUCUUGUGACGUUUUUACAAAACGAUAAGCAUCAAAACGUAUGAUGCUUAUGUCAAUACAUUACAGUCAAUGGGAAAAGAUGAGCGUCACAGGGUUGAUGCCUAAGUGAAUACAUUGCAUUUAAUAGGGGAAGAUUAUUGACACAAUGUGGACGCCUUUGGACAUGACACCCUCGUUCUCUCUCAAUUCAAUUCAAUUGGCUUUAUUGGCAUGGGAAACAUAUGUUAAAAUUGCCAAAGCAAGUGAAGUAGAUACUAUACAAAAGUGAAAUAAACAAUAAAAUGAACAGUAAACAUUACACUCACAGAAGUUCCAAAAGAAUGAAGACAUUACAAAUGUCAUAUUAUGUAUAUAUAAAGUGUUGUAACGAUGUGCAAAUGCUUAAAGUACAAAAGGGAAAAUAAAUAAAGCAUAAAUAUGGGUUGUAUUUACAA